CUUCCUCUUCCCUUUUCACGCUGCCUCUCGUAGCGUGGCCAGCUGUUGAUCCCCAGUCUCUCGGGUGCGGAACUUUUAGAGCAGUCCAUCGAUGCCCGGAAUAAUUCUAAACGAAGAAAUGGAGAGCGGAGUCGGCAAACAUAAGAAACACUCUAAAACUCCCACACCCAAGAAGAUCAAGAGGAAAAUCCAAAAUGGGGACACAGAAGAACUUGAUUUUGAGCAAGCCACCGAACUCAACGGCCUGGUGAACGAAGAUUUAAAUAACAAUGAUCAGAAGACACCGAAACUGAAGAAGAAAAAGAAGAAGCUUGCGGAAAAUGAGAGUUCUUUUGAAGCAGCUGAGCAGUGUAGUGAGGAGCUGGACAACUCGGACGCUCCAACACCAAAGAAAGUAAAAAAGAAAAAACAAAAAAAGGAUCUGGAAGAAUCUGAAAUGCAGCAAGAUGCAGCUGAACCUGAGAUCAAUGAAGAACAAAGUGACAAGAAAAAGAAAAAAAAGAAAAGUUCAAAGAAAGUAAAGGAAAUUGUUGGCAGUGAAGACAGUGACAUUCCUGCAGCUAAGAAAAGAAAGAUUGAGCCUGAAACAAAUGGGAUAAUUGAGGAAUCUAAAGCGGAGGAAGUGGAGGAAUCUAAAGCAGAGGAAGAGGAGGAAAUUAACAUGGAGAAAAUUGAGGGUGAUUUUUCUAAAUUUCCAAUUUCCCAAGAAACUAUUGCUAAUCUACAAGCCAAAGGAGUGUCUUACCUGUUCCCCAUACAAACGAAAACCUUCCACACUGCCUACAGUGGGAAAGAUGUUGUUGUCCAGGCUCGUACUGGCACUGGAAAAACCUUCUGUUUUGCCAUUCCUUUAAUUGAGAAGCUAAUCCUAGAUAAAGCGCCGCUGGCACAAGGACGCCCACCGAGGGUGCUGAUCCUAACUCCUACUAGAGAGCUGGCAAUUCAGAUUAUGAAUGAAAUUCGCUGCAUAUCUAAAAAGCUAAAGACAUGUUGCUUCUAUGGUGGAAGUCCCUAUCAGCAGCAAUUAUUGGCUAUAAGAACUGGAAUUGACAUACUUGUUGGGACACCUGGUCGUGUACGGGACCUUAUCCAGAAUUAUAAAUUGAACUUCACUGCACUGAAACAUGUGGUGCUAGAUGAGGUGGAUAUGAUGUUGGAGAUGGGGUUUGCUGAACAGGUGGAAGAAAUUUUAUCUGUCCGUUACUCAUCUGAUACUGAAAAGAAUCCACAGACUCUUCUAUUUUCUGCAACAUGUCCAGAUUGGAUGUACAACGUUGCCAAAAAAUACAUGCAAAAGGAGUUCUCAAAGAUCGACCUUGUUGGACACCGUAGUCAGAGAGCUGCCAUCACUGUUGAGCAUUUGGCCAUUGAGUGUAACAGAUUCCAGAAGGCAGCUGUCCUUGGUGACAUUAUCCAAGUUUAUAGUGGAAGUCAUGGGAAAACAAUUGUUUUCUGUGACUCCAAAAUAGAAGCUCAGGAAUUAUCUACCAACUGCUCAUUGAAACAGUCUGCCAAAGCUCUACAUGGUGACCUUCAACAAAAGGAGCGUGAAGUCAUCUUGAAAGGCUUUAGAAGUGGAGCAUUUGAAAUUCUUGUUGCAACAAAUGUUGCUGCUCGAGGUCUAGACAUUCCAGAAGUUGAUCUAGUUGUGUUAUAUUCUGCACCAAGGGAAGCGGAUGCAUAUGUCCAUCGUUCAGGACGUACGGGUAGAGCUGGGCGCACAGGAAUUUGUAUUUCUCUUUAUGAACCCAGAGACAGAUAUUGCCUUCCGAAUGUGGAGAGGAGUACGGGUAUCAAGUUCAAGCGGGUCGGUAUCCCAUCCAUACUUAAUGUUGCCGAGUCCUCCAGUGCUGAUGCAAUAAAGUCACUGGAAUCCAUCCCAGUUGAUGUCCUUGAACAUUUUAAAGUAUACGCAGAAGAACUUAUUGAAAAGAAGGGAGCAUUAAAUGCGCUUGCAGCAGCUUUAGCACAUAUUUCUGGAGCUUCAUCCUUGAAACAACGGUCGCUUCUUAAUAUGGAAAAUGGCUAUAUCACAGUUGUAUUGAAUACUUCAGUUGCCAUCCAUACCUUGAGCUAUGUUUGGCGUGCAAUUAAAGAACAAAUGGGAGAAGAAAUUGAUUCCCAAAUCUACCGGAUGUGCCUCCUAAAAGAUAACAUGGGUGUUUGUUUUGAUGUUAAGGAUGACACUUUAAAGACUUUUCAAGAUUCUUGGAAAGAUUCAAGGCGUUGGCAGCUUUCUGUGGCAACUGAGCUUCCAGCGCUUCAAGAAUCAAGGAGAGACCAAGAAGGUCCACGUGGUAGAGGUGGCAGACCAUUUGACAGACGCAACAGGAAUUCAUCAAACAGAGGCGGAAAUAGGGGAGGCAGAGGCAGACGAGGAGGUUUUGGAAGGAGGAGUUAGGACACUCAGUGAAUUUGAACUAAAUUUAUUAUUUUUUAACUUCAAUAUUCAUGAGGACCAGCACUGCCCUACUUUUUUUGUAUUUCUGUUAUCAAAUGUUAACAACGCUGCUUGCAUUUUAUGCUGUCUAAGCUGUAUCACAUCGCCCCUUAAUAAAAGUUUAUUAAUGGAA